UAAGAAUGAAAAAUUUGUGAAGUUUGUUUUGUUAGUAGAUUUUGUGAAUUAUGCUAUUUAUGUUUUAAUGUGUUGUGUUUUUAUGGUAUUAUAAGUUUAAAAGACUAAAAGUGAUAUAACUAGAAAUUAUAAUGAAUAAUUUGACUUGGAUGGAUGUUGCAUUGCAACAAGCACAGUAUUCUUUAAAAGCCAAUGAAGUCCCAGUUGGGUGUUUGUUUGUAUACAAUAAUGAAGUCAUUGCUACAGGUAGCAAUACAGUCAAUGAAACACGAAAUGCAACUAGACAUGCUGAAAUAAAUUGCAUAGAUCAAGUUUUAAAGUUUUGUAAAGAAAAAGAUUUGAAUUAUAAAAAGGUUUUUUGUGAUAUGGAUGUUAUUGUUACUGUUGAGCCAUGUAUAAUGUGCACAUCAGCAUUAUUUCAGUUGCAAGUACGCAAUAUUAUAUAUGGUUGUGCAAAUGACCGUUUUGGUGGAUGCAAUAGUGUUUUUGAGGUACCAAAAAUUUAUAAUUCAAACACAAAAAUAGUAGGAGGUAUCAAAAACGAUGAGGCAAUGGCAUUGUUAAAGGAAUUUUAUAAAGGUACAAAUCCAAAUGCACCUGAAUCAAAAGUAAAAAAAGGUCGUAAACAGAAGGAUACAGACACAAAAAAUAUGUAAUUUAUUCAGUACCAAAUGCAUUUUUAUGUUGUCUCAUUGUAGGCAAUUAACAGUCAAAUUUUUAUCUUUAUUUUUUUACACUCUAUGAUAUUACAUAUA